AUGGUGAUUAAGACCGAGACGUGCUCGUUCAGCGAGAGCCGCAUCUACCCUGGCCACGGUUCGCGCUACAUUCGUCGUGAUGGCUCAGCUUACGUGUUUAUCAACGCGAAGAGCAAGUCGCUUUUUAUGCAACGCAAGAAAGCUACUAAAAUUGUGUGGACUCUUGGCUGGCGUCGCAUGAACAAGAAGCUUAAGGUUGAGGAGAUCACCCGCCGUCGUGCUCGCAAGACUACCAAGAUCCAGCGUGCCAUUGUCGGUGUCUCGGCUGAUGACAUCCGCAAGAAGCGUAAUCAGAAACCGGAGGUCCGUGCUGCUGCCCGUGCUGCUCUGAAGGAGGCUAAGGAUCGCAGCAAGGCGAAAAAGUCGGUGUCCAAGUCCGAGCAUGCCAGCAAGGGCACCAAGGGCGGUAACGCCCCUCGUGCUCAGAAGAAGUCGGGUAACCGUGGUGCCAUUUAA